AGCAGAUUUUUUUUUUUUACAAUUCUUUUUUACAGUCUGCCAUUUGCACACAUUUGAUUAACCGUGAACAGGCAGUUAUACUAACUUGGAGGAUUGCCGGAUGACUAACAGUUAAAAUGUAUUUACUAGGUUGAAAUAUAAAUUAUGCAAACGACAGACACGAAAGUUAACUGCAGUGCAGAUAAAUCGGUGCAGUUUCAAGUUCUAAAGGGAAAUGGGGGUCAUCGUUACACAGUGUUCAUAGAUGGAGUCAACCUCUGAGCUACAGUCCAGAUUGUCUUCCCUGUCUGUGUCAUCUUUCCCUGGAAUAACAUCGAAAAACUGCGAGAACAGCGACCAGGACCGGCUUCGGAGUACAGACCUCUCCCAGCGGCCGCACAUCCCUGUCGGCACCCCUCCUUCCGAUCACAGAAAGGACGCGGUUGCCUCUCCCUCCGAGCAUAUGCUGGAGACAGCUGAGGGCGACCCGGAAGUGCUUCACAGCAAUGGUAAAGAGCAGCCCAGUGGGGAAAUACAAGCCCCGAUGCCUCCGCUGAAGCCGCCAUCCACCUGGACAUCCCCGGAGUUGAAGGAGCUGAAGGUGAAGCUGCGGCAAGAGAAGGACUGUGUGGUGACCAUCUACCGUGGCGACGUGAUGACCGUCAGAGUGCCCACCGUGCCAGAGGGCAAGCGGAUCUGCUGGGAGUUCGCCACCGACGGCUAUGACAUCGGAUUUGGCAUCUACUUCGAUUGGAUGCCGGUCACCACCCGUAACAUCACCGUGCAGAUCAGCGAGUCUAGUGAUGAUGAGGAUGAGGAAGAUGAGCUGGAAGGGCCUGUGAGACCAGGUGACGUAGAAAAGGGGUCCAAAUCGGCAGCCAGCUCUACCCUCGGAGAGAUCCUACCCGUGUACCGGCAGGACAGCCACCUGGCCGUGCAAGCAGGCAGUCACGAGUACCCUGGUGAAGGAACGUACCUCCUGAAAUUCGACAACUCCUACUCAUUGUGGAGGAACAAGACUCUGUACUACAGAGUCUACUACAGUGCCUGAGAGUCACACCAGUCACCACAGAUGAAUGUACAGCCCAAGAGACUUCAGAGAUUAUCUAUUUUUGAUUCUACAUAUUGUGCGCUAGGGUUCAUGGAUAGAUGCGUUUGAUAUGUUGUGGAAAUCAAAUGUUGUCAGUCUUGUUGUGGAUUUGCCUCAGUGGCGGAAGAGCAUCUCUGGGGGAGAGACUUUGAUCAGAAGCAUUUUAGUGCGUUUUUAAAGACUAUUUGUGUACGCGCAAUGUAUUAAUUAUUGUUUUAUAUGCUGUCUAAUGUGAUGAUUUCCGCUCUGAAUGGUCGUUAUACCAAUUCAUUCACCAUUGCCCAGACAACCAUCUCGCUACGCAAAUACUAAAAGUGGUGUGUUUAGGAUUUAAAAGGUUUGUUAUUUUUACUAGUAUAAGUACAGAGUACAAUGAGAUAAUUACUUGUACCUUUCAUAUAAACCGGGUAAUUCAACACAGGGUAACAAGACAUAGGACAAACUUAGGUGGGAUAACCACUUAGGUGAAUACAAGGAGGUUUAUGGGAUAUUCCUUUGUGUAAGGGGAACAAACACCAUCAAAUAAAAUGACUUGUGUACACUGCAUUCCCCUUCAUCAUGGUUAUCCAAAUUGUUGUGGAACAGCGUUUUAAUAUCUGUGUUUAUUUACACAUUUUGUUUGGAUAUUAGGCCUUAGGAGAACCAUACUGUCCUGUUCAGACCCAGAUUGCGGAAAGUUUGUGCGCUGGCAUAUAAACCCCGUAAUAGUUAAUAGUUGUGCAUUUUGAACGACAAUCACUGUAAUUCGAUAUUUCAGGCAUUCAGCGCUAUUGUCUUUUUACAAAAGUUCAAAAGACAGCAUUUCAAUGGUUUUAACCAGCGUUUUUGACAGCAAGGAAUAGGCGUCUCUCUUCGUAACGGGUAGUUUGGCAGUACGAUCAAUAUUGACACAAGCCAUGCCUUCAUUUGGUGUGUAUAAAGAGCUUGUUUGACUAAUAAACGCAGGCUGAGGGAGAAAGAGGUAUAAUUUGGCCGUCACGAGAAAAGAAAGAAACGGCAAAUCACGCACUAAUCACUAAAAUCAUAGCAGAUCCUGGAGUAACUACUAACGCAGGCGACGGGUUCAUGUAACUGCUGCAGGUCUGACGUCACUCUACGCUUGCAGUCGUUGCUGUCGUGAUGUUCAUUUAUAUCUGUAUGUAGCGCCACGAUUUAUUGGCAAACGUUUUGUCGGAUAUGUUUGAUUUCAAUGCUUUGGUGCCUGUUUACAAAGAAAUCUGUAUGUUCUGCUGCUACCUACAGGAGAGGAACCCGAAGCUUUCCGUGUUAACUGUGCGAUGUCUUUUUCAGUCUUGUACCCAUGAGCAGUUUGUUCAAUAAACAAAGGCCUUUGGUUUAAUUUAAA